ACAAUGCGAGGAGGGGGGAAGGGGGGGCGCAUGGAAGAGGAUGACCCUGCGCAGUCGAACUGCCAACGCAGCGAUCUGGUGACCCCGAGAUAUCGAUUUAUUUAUUAUUUAUUAUUGAUUUUUAUUCAUCUUCUUUCUUCGGGUUGAACGAACAACACGCAGUCUUGUAUCGAUCGUGGUGACCUACCUGCAGCCACUAAGACAAGGACAAUGCUGGGAGCUGGGAGGCAGUCUGAUUGGGAAGGUCGAAUCCCAAAAUAUCUCUCAUGCACGGUACUUUUUGUUUAUUCAUUUUCAAUUUCAUUUUCAUAUUCAUGUUCUGUCCAAGAUUUGAUAUCCUCAGAUGACGCCGACGUGGGACGGAUGAGGUGGAUGCUGGAAGUUGAGGGAUCCUUCGAUGAGGGGCCAGACCACCACGUGAUGGCCAUGUUGCAGGCGCCAUGGCGUUUAUUGGACUGGAUGGACUCUGUUCGAUGCCAUUCGACCUGGUCGGUCAUGGAGAGUGGAUGCUAUAUGAUCUCACGACGGGGAAAGAAUCCGGGGAGCUGGCCCAUCCCCUUGGCCCAAAUAUGGAAAUGAUGAGAGGGUGCGGCGGGCCAACAGUCCGGUCGAUAGGUGGCUGGCCAGUGGUCGAGUGAUGUUAAACGUCUGGAGCUUGCUUCCCUACCUUCGAUCUCGAAGUCCACCC